UUGUAAUCCAGUGACGAAAUCAAGGUGGACCGCGUUUACGAUUUUCGUCCACUAAAAGUCGAUUUUUCGCUGCGUUUCAUCGCAGAUAAUCUUGAGGGAAAGUGAUAUACCAUUGUAAGCCACAAUGCCAGCAUUGGACGACAUCAAAUCUUCGUGGGCGGAUGAAGUUGAGUUGGAUACGGCGUCACUUCCACCACCAUCAGAAGUUAUCGAAAAUGGGCAGAAGAUCGUAACCGAGUACAAGUAUAACAAGGACGACAAGAAGGUGAAGGUGGUGCGCACGUACAAAAUCAGCCGGAUUGUGGUGCCGAAGUGUGUGGCUAGAAGGAAGAGUCUGGCCAAGUUUGGCGAUUCGGUCGGGGACCGUCCAGGACCGAACCCGCAAACAACCAUGGUCUCGGAAGACGUUUUCAUGCAGUUUAUCACUAACAAGGAGGAAGAACAGAAGAAUGAAAAUGUGUUGGAUUCGAUGAAGAACAUCGUCAAGUGUCGUACUUGCGAAGGGGAGCAUUGGUCAUUCCACUGCCCGUACAAGAACAGUUCGUUCGAUAAGCCCACGAAGCCGGCGGCAGCCCCGGUACCGGAAACAACAACAUCUAGCAAGCCGGGCAAAUAUGUUCCGCCGCACAUGAAGGAAAGUCAAGGCAAGGCUGGUAUUGGUGGUGCAAUGCGUGGACGUGACGAUACGAGUGCGAUUCGUAUUUCGAAUCUUUCCGAAGCCAUGACGGAAGCCGAUUUGGAGGAAUUGGUUAAGAAAUUCGGCCCACACACCAAAAUGUUUCUGUCUCGGGACAAAAGCACUGGUCUGUGCAAAGGUUUUGCCUACGUUCAUUUCCGUUCCCGCCGCGAUGCUGCUACCGCGAUCGAAGUUCUCAAUGGUUAUGGCUACGAUCAUCUGAUCUUAAGCGUAGAAUGGUCCAAGCCGCAAAACCCACAGUAAAGGAGGUUCAGAAAUACUGUGAAGUGAGUAUUACGGUGUUAUUCGCCAAGCGUCCAUGGUGAUGGUACGGCUCAAGGAAAAUCUAUGGCGUGCGGAGGAUGAGAAAAGGAGGAAACAACUAAAUAUAAAAAGGACGAGAA